AUGUCUCUUGAAUUGACGUUUAACCCUGAUAUACAGUUGACGGAGGUGAUGCGUCUGCGUGUACAGUCUCUGCAGCAGCGGGGACAGAAAAGACAGGAUGGAGAACGUCUCCUGAGGUCCAACGAGCACGUCUACCGCUUGGACUUCUCCGAGCAGGCAUUGCAUUUCACCCGUUGGAACAUCCGCAUGUCUGCACCUGGCCGACUGAACAUCAUAGCCACGUCCCAGCUCUGGACGCCCGACCUCACCCACCUUAUGACGCGCCAGCUCCUAGAACCUACUGGAUUCUUCUGGAGAAGCGCAGGGGACGACACCGAGGUGCCCAUCCAAUGCUAUGAGGCAGAUGCCCAGGAGUUUGGAGAGAGGAUAGCUGAGCUAGCCAAGGUGCGCAAGGUGAUGUAUUUUCUGUUUGCCUUCGAAGAUGGCUGUAGUCCGGAGAGCAUCGAGUGCUCCAUAGAGUUCGAGAUAUCAAAGUGA